AUGAAUAAUUGUGGAGUCUGCAACAAAACCAUCAAAGAUGAUAAAAGCUCAGAAGACACGAUAGUAUGCUGUACUUCGUGCCUAAAAAAAUUUCACCUCGGAUGUCUUCAUUUGACUAGAUCAGAAUUAAAAUCGGCUCGUGUAGCCGGCAUCAACCAGUACCGCUGCACAUCCUGCAAAACCAAACCAAAAGAACGUACCCACGAUGCCACUCCCGUGCGAUCAGCCACAGACAGUAAUAAAACCGCAGCCGACAGAUACAAGAAUACGGAAUGUAAAAGUAAUCCAACUGAGAAAACACUGACUUCAAUACCUGAGGAAACAUUAAGGUCUUUUACGCAAUCACUAUUACAGCUUCAAGAUGCGUUUGAUAAUAUGAAACGUGAAAUGAGUGCCUUCACUUGUGCUCUAAAUUCUACAACAGAAGACGUAGAAUACUUCCGAAAAGAGCUGAGUGACAUGAAAAAAGAGCUUAAGGAUUUGGACAAGUAUAAAGCUGAAGUUGUUGAUCUUCGAGCUGAGGUGUUGGAACUUCGACAUGAACUUGAUGCUAGGCAACAACAAAAGUACCUGAAGGACGUAGAACUGACAGGCAUCACUGAACAUCAGGGUGAAAAUCUUCCACAAAUGGUGAAUAAUCUCUCCGCAAAACUCGGAAUUAGCUUGGAGCCCCACGACGUCGAUGAUAUAAAACGCGUCGGUCAACGGACAACUGGGUCUGAUAGUAGACCUCGGCCGGUGAUCGUCACUCUUACCCGGCGAGCGCCUCGCGAACAGUUCCUGCGCGCCGCGAGGGUCCGCCGCGGCCUCACUACUGAUAUGAUCCAAGUACCUGGAAACUCCCGCCGUAUCUAUGUCAACGAGCACCUUACAAAAUCUAACAGAGUCUUAUUCAGUAAGGCACGCGCCUGCGGUUUGCAACUGAAAUUCAAAUAUGUAUGGACAUCUAAUGGCUCUGUUUUCAUGAGAAGAACGGAAACUAGUUCUGUACUUCGGGUAACCUCAGAGACGAUUUUAGAGAAAUUAAUGAACCAACAAGUAAAUAAAAAUAAUACUCGGAUUGACAGUCAGUAUUCCUAA